UUUACAUCCUAGGCUCUCUCGCUCUCUGGUUCUCUCUCUUCAAUAAAUCAUAGAAAUCGAAAUUUAAGUUCAAAAACAGAGAGAAAAUAAUCAAUUAAUAAUUUAAUAUUCAGCAAAUAUGUUAGUUUAUCAGGAUAUCCUCACAGGUGAUGAGCUCCUCUCAGACUCUUUCCCAUACAAGGAAAUCGAGAAUGGAAUGUUAUGGGAAGUAGAAGGAAAGUGGGUUGUCCAAGGAGCUGUCAAUGUAGACAUUGGGGCUAACCCUUCAGCAGAAGGUGGUGAUGAAGAUGAAGGUGUUGAUGACCAGGCCGUUAAGGUUGUCGACAUUGUCGACACUUUCAGACUUCAGGAGCAACCUGCUUUUGACAAGAAACAGUUUGUUACCUUCAUGAAGAGGUACAUCAAGAACUUGACACCCAAAUUAGAGCCAGAGAAGCAAGAGUCGUUCAAGAAGAACAUAGAGGGAGCAACCAAGUAUUUGCUUUCGAAGAUUAAAGAUUUCCAAUUUUUUGUGGGUGAGAGCAUGCAUGAUGAUGGUAGCCUGGUGUUUGCAUACUAUAAGGAUGGUGCCACUGAUCCAACCUUCCUGUACUUUGCCUAUGGCUUGAACGAAGUCAAGUGUUAAUGGAGUCUUCACCGCCUUUGCCAUAGUUGCAAUCGUGUAAUGCUAGCAUCAAAAGUUCUAAACUAUUUAGUGUUUCUUUUAGUUCAUAUAUAUGCUUUUAAGGGUCAUGAACUUGGUGUUACUGUUAUCAUUUUACAUGUUUUUGUGGCGAUGAGGAUAAUGUUUAAAAACUUGAUUGAGAAAUAAAAUAUAGUGUGUUUUUCAACAAAA